CACCUGAAGGCAGCACGUCUCCGUACCACUACCACUACGAGCAGCAGCAGCAGCAGCAGCAGCGCUUUCUCCCUCUGUAACCUAAACAAUGACUCCUACUACAGACCGGAGGAAAGCACACCAAUAGAAUGCGUUACCCAGCACCCAAACCCUGCAUUUCGCUGCUAUUCCGACCACUCACUUAAAUGCGCCGACCGUAAACAUGUGGAUACCUACGGAACAUGAAAAAUACGGUGUCGUGCUGGCCAGUUUCCGAGGGACUGUUCAGCAUGGCCUCCCGCUGGAAAUCGGAGACACGGUGCAGAUCCUGGAGAAAUGUGAAGGCUGGUACCGAGGAUUCAUCCUGAAGAAUCCAAAUGUCAAGGGGAUCUUCCCAUCCAGCUACAUCCACUUGAAGAACGCCCACGUCAAGAAUAAAGGGCAAUUUGAGACAGUCAUCCCCGUUGAAGACUCUGUCAUCACAGAGAUGACAUCCACGUUGCGAGACUGGGGUGCCAUGUGGAAACAACUCUAUGUGAAGAAUGAGGGGGAUUUGUUCCACCGACUUUGGCACGUGAUGAAUGAAAUCCUGGACCUGAGGAGGCAGGUGCUGGUGGGCCACCUCACCCAUGACCGCAUGAGGGACGUCAAGCAGCACAUCACAGCGAGAUUGGACUGGGGCAACGAACAACUGGGCUUGGACCUGGUCCCCAGGCGGGAGUUCAGCAUGGUGGACCCCGAUGAAAUCAGCGUCACAGAGCUUUACAGACUGAUGGAACAUCGGCAUCGUAAGAAGGAGACCCCUGCACCCGCUAGCACCCAUCAUUUGUUUGUGCAUGUGAAGAGCCUGAUGAGCGCCAAUCUAGGGGAGGAGCUUGAAGUCUUCUUCCACAUUUAUGAUGGACGGGAGAACCGGCCACUCAGUGAAAGGUUCUUUGUCAAGCUGAAUAAGAGCGGGUUGCCCAAGUCACCAGAGAAGACAGAAAGACAAUGCACGCUGUUUGUGGAUUUGGGAAGCAGUGAUCUACGAAAAGAUGUCUACAUCGUUGUGCACAUCAUAAGAAUAGGGAGAAUGGGAGCAGGGGAGAAGAAAAAUCUGUGUAGCAUACAGUACAGGAGGCCGUUUGGCUGUGCUGUCGUCAGCAUCGCCGAUCUCCUCACUGCUGACUCCAAGGAUGACCACCUGCUCAAGGUUUAUGCGUGUAACACUGAGAGUGAGUGGUACCAGAUCCAUGAGAACAUCAUCAAAAAGGCGAAUUCCAGGUACAACUUGUCGGGCUCCAACACAGGUCUGGCAGUGGCUCUCCAGCUCCUCCACGGGGACAUAGAGCAGCUGAGACGAGAGUACAUGGUCCUCUUCACUCGGGGUGUGUCCAUCACCAGGAAACUGGGCUUCUCUGAUGUCAUCAUGCCAGGGGAGAUGAGGAAUGACCUUUACAUCACACUGGAGAAAGGCGAGUUUGAGAAGGGUGGGAAAAGUGUUGCCAGGAACGUGGAGAUCACCGUCUAUGUGCUGGAUAUGGAUGGACAGAUCCUCAAGAGUCACGUGGCUGCCGGCUCUGGCGAGCCAGGUGGGGAUGAGUACCACUCCUUGGUGCUGUACCACAACAACAGCCCACGCUGGGCGGAGCAGAUCAAGCUGCCCAUCCCGGUCGACAUGUUCCGCGGGUCGCACGUCCGAUUUGAGUUUCGACACUGCUCCACUAAAGACAAGGGAGAGAAGAAACUCUUUGGCUACUCCUUUGUUCCUCUGAUGCAGGAGGAUGGCAGGACUCUGCCAGAUGGCACCCAUGAGCUCAUUAUCCAUAAGUGCGAGGAGAACACCAGCUUGGCAGACUGUUCGCGCUACCUGAAGCUGCCAUUCUCCAAAGCCAACCUGCCAUCCAACAACCAGACUCUGAAAGGCACCAAGGAGUCUUUCUGGAUCACCAGCUUCCUCUGCUCCACCAAGCUCACACAAAACGGAGAUAUGCUGGACCUGUUGAAGUGGCGAGCCCACCCCGAAAGGAUAAACGACAGCCUCUCUAAGCUGAAAGAGAUCGAUGGCUCCGAGAUUGUCAAAUUUCUCCAGGACACCCUGGACACUCUCUUUGGUAUUCUGGAUGAAAGCUCUCAGAGAUAUGGCCUCAAGGUGUUUGAUUCACUGGUCCAUAUCAUCAACCUCCUCCAGGACAGCAAAUUCCAGCACUUCAAACCAGUCAUGGACACCUACAUCGAGAGCCACUUUGCCGGAGCUUUGUCCUAUAGGGACCUGAUCAAAGUGCUGAAGUGGUACGUGGACCGCAUCGUUGACGCAGAACACCAGGAUCACAUACAGCAGGUGCUCAAGGCCAGCGAGUACAUCUUUAAGUACAUCAUCCAGUCUCGCCGGCUCUUCUCAUUGGCCACAGGAGGCCAGAAUGAGGAGGAGUUCCGAGUCUGCAUCCACGAGCUCUUCAUGUCCAUCCGCUUCUUCCUGUCGCAGGAAAACAAAAGCACCAGCCCCGUCGCACAAACACAGGCGGUGUUCCUGCGGACGUUUCCAGCUGUUUAUGGCGAGCUGUUGAAGAUCUUCACUGUGCGAGAGGUGGCCAACUUUGUCAGGGAGACGCUGGGCAGCCUGCCCACCGCCGCACACGCCGACUGCCUGGAGGCUGUCAAACUGCAGUGCAUCGCCAAGACGGUGGAAAGCCAGCUUUACAUCAACCCAGAGUCACGGUGUAUCCUGUUGCCGGUGGUGCUCCGUGUCCUUCAGGCACACAUGCAGGAGCAGAGGGACCUGGUCAUGUGCGCCCGCAUCCUCACCAGCAUGCUGUCCCUCAUCAAGAAGGAGGAGAAUGGCACUGCGGAGCCGGUGGUCUCUGAAGAGGUGGAGCUAAUUGUAGAGAGCCUGCUGGGAGUUUUGCUGAGAACCAUCCUGGAAAUUAGCAACCGGCCGCAGCCUGCUGGACCCACCAUGAGACUGCAGUUCCAGGAUGUCACUGGAGAGUUUGUGGCGUGUUUGUUGGCCCUUCUGCGACAGAUGAGUGACAGACACUACCAGCAGCUGCUGCAGGCAUUCAGCAGCAAAGACAACCUGAGGGACUUUCUCCUUCAGAUCUUCACAGUCUUCAGGAUCCUAAUCCGACCAGAAAUGUUUCCUAAAGACUGGACCGUCAUGCGGUUGGUCACGAACAAUGUCAUCAUCACGACUGUCCUCUACCUUUCUGACGCUCUGAGGAAAAACUUCCUCAAUGACAAGUUUGACUACAAGGUGUGGGACUCGUACUUCUAUCUGUCUGUAAUAUUUAUCAACCAGCCCUGCCUUCAGCUGGAGUCCUUCUCUCCCUCCAAGAGGAAGAAGAUACUGGAAAAGUAUGGAGACAUGAGGGUGAUGAUGGGAUGUGAAAUCUUCAGCAUGUGGCAGAACUUGGGGGAGCACAAGUUGAACUUCAUCCCAGCCAUGAUUGGUCCAUUCCUGGAGGUGACACUGGUACCUCAGCCUGAUCUGAGGAAUGUCAUGAUCCCUAUUUUCCAUGACAUGAUGGACUGGGAGCAGAGACGCAGUGGCAAUUUCAAACAGGUGGAGGCCAAGCUGAUCGACAAGUUGGACAGCCUGAUGUCUGAGGGCAAGGGAGACGAGACGUACAGGGAGCUCUUCAACAGCAUAAUUCCUCUGUUUGGUCCAUACCCUAGCCUGCUGAAGAAGAUUGAGAGAGAGACCUGGAGGGAGAGUGGCAUCUCUCUGAUCGCUACCGUCACUCGCUUAAUGGAGAGAUUGCUGGACUAUAGGGACUGUAUGAAGCUGGGAGAAGUGGAUGGAAAAAAGAUUGGAUGUACUGUCAGUUUACUGAACUUCUACAAAACUGAGCUGAACAAAGAGGAGAUGUACAUCCGCUACAUUCACAAACUCUACGACCUGCACUUGAAAGCACAGAACUACACAGAGGCAUCGUACACCCUGCUGCUGUACGACGAACUGCUGGAAUGGUCUGACAGGCCGCUCAGAGAGUUUCUCAACUACCCCAUGCAGAGCGAGUGGCAAAGAAAAGAGUAUCUGCAUCUCACUAUCGUCCAGAACUUUGACAGGGGGAAGUGUUGGGAGAAUGGCAUCAUCCUGUGCAGAGAGCUCGCUGAUCAAUAUGAGUCCUAUUACGACUACAGGAACCUGAGCAAGAUGAGGAUGAUGGAAGCCUCUCUCUAUGACAAGAUUAUGGACCAGCAAAGGCUAGAACCUGAAUUCUUCAGAGUGGGUUUCUACGGAAAGAAGUUCCCUUUCUUCUUACGGAAUAAGGAGUUUGUGUGCCGCGGCCAUGACUACGAGAGGCUGGAGGCUUUCCAGCAGCGGAUGCUCAACGAGUUCCCCCACGCCAUCGCCAUGCAGCACGUCAACCAGCCAGAUCAGACCAUAUACCAGGCAGACGCACAGUACCUGCAGAUCUAUGCUGUAACCCCCAUCCCAGAGAGUCAGGAUGUGCUGCAAAGAGACGGAGUGCCUGACAACAUCAAAAGCUUCUACAAGUUCAAUCACAUCUGGAGGUUCAGAUAUGACCGGCCCUUUCACAAGGGCACCAAAGACAAGGAGAAUGAGUUCAAGAGCCUGUGGGUGGAGAGGACAACCCUGACUCUGGUCCAGAGUCUUCCAGGCAUCUCCCGCUGGUUUGAAGUAGAGAAGAGAGAGCUGGUGGAGGUGAGCCCGCUGGAGAACGCCAUCGAGGUGAUCGAGAACAAGAACUUACAAUUACGCACAUUGAUCACCCAGUGUCAGAGCCGGCAGAUGCAGAACAUCAACCCCCUCACCAUGUGCCUCAACGGGGUCAUCGACGCCGCCGUCAACGGGGGGCUGGCCCGCUACCAAGAGGCCUUCUUCGUGAAGGACUACAUUAUGAAUCACCCCGAGGAUGGAGAGAAGAUCGGGCGGCUGAGAGAACUCAUGUUUGAACAGGCACACAUUCUGGAGUACGGCCUCGCUGUGCAUGAGAAGUUUGUUCCCCAGGACAUGAGACCUCUCCACAAGAAGUUAGUGGACCAGUUCCAUCUGAUGAAAUCCAGUCUUGGCAUACAGGAGUUUCCAGCUUAUGUGCGUGCCAGCCCGGUGCACUUCACCAACGGGAGCCCACGAACAUGCAGGAACUCAGUGCCCAACAUCAUCAGCCCAGACGGCGGCAGAGGGGUUGCCAGGCGGAGUCUCCCCAGCUACCCUGCGGUGAACCGCUACUCCUCGUCCUCACUGUCGUCUCAGGCCUCCAAUGAAGUCAGUAACAUCACAGGGCAGUCGGAGAGUUCAGAUGAAGUCUUCAACAUGCAGCCCAGUCCGUCUACCUCAAGCCUCAGCUCCAACCAUUCUGCCUCGCCCAAUGUCACCAGCUCAGCCCCCUCCAGUGCCAGAGGUUCACCCCAGAUGGCGGAGAAACACAAGCAUUCCAGAGAAAAUGCGUGUCUGUCUCCACGAGAGAGACCGGUCAGCGCUAUCUUCCCCAACCCCCUGGACCCUGCACAGAGAGCUCCUCCUCAUCAGAUAGGAGAUACCACUUUACCAAGGAGUGACCCCAACCUCUCAGCACCAGACAAAGUGAGACCCACACCCAGUAGCUGGAGCCUAGACAGUGUCAAAGAGGGCGCUCCAUCCUUCUCUGACUCUUUUGGCAAAUUGCAAUGCCCUCCUGUACCUCCUAGGCCACCGUACUCAGCAGGCUCCUCGGCUAAAAACAUGAGGUCGCAGUCUCCUGUCUCUGCGUCCAGAUCGCCGCAAAAGACCAUAGUGCCGCCUUUCACCCCUUCGCCCACCGAGUGCCAGUCUACCAGCCUGGUCUCCAAUUCCCCCGUCCUCUCCGGCAGCUACUCCAGUGGCAUCUCCUCCCUCAGUCGCUGCAGCGUGUCGGAAGCUUCGGGUACCGAGCUGCCUGCAGGUGACCACCCACUGCCUCCUCCCACCACCCUGCCAAACUCCGUCUCCAGCAGCUCGGACGAGCCGAUCCGCAGAGAAAACAAGACCCCGCCCCCUUACAGCGUGUACGAGAGGAACAACCCCCGCAGGCCUGUGCCGCUUCCCCACAGCCUCUCCAUCCCCCCACAGACGGACCCCCCGGCCCUGCCACCCAAGCCUCACCAGCUCCGCACGGGCAGCAUGAAGCUGGACGGAACCUCCGACCCUCGGGUCCCCAGACCAAGGCCUCUGCCCAGGAAGGUGUCCCAGCUAUAGGUGCUGGUUCGUCCAGGUCUGGGGCUCGAAGAAAACACACUGGCGUAUUUUGCACUUUUCUACUGGGCACUCACUUGUUUUUUGUGAUCUUCAGUUUGGCAUUCCUGACCUACACUCCAAUAACAGACACAGGCCUAUAGAUUAACAGGCAGUCAAAAAAACCCUGAAGAAACUGUCAAAUAAGGAAAGUUUCUUUUUGUAUUUACUAGAGGGCAUUGCAUUGACUUUGACUCGGUCAUUCCGCACUUUUAGCUCUAGUAUGUAUAAUAGAUCACCACACGAUCAGUCUCAACAUAUGUUUACCAGAACACUCUAGAAAAACACAGUUUUGAUAGAUGUAAUAAUCUCAAAUAUAUGUAUAUUGGUAUAUAUGAGAAUUGUUUUUGCCUUAAGUAUUGGAAACAGAGUCUUUUAUCCGUGAGUCUUGCACGUUUUUUUUUUUUUUAAACAUUUGUAUACUGUAUGGCUAAAAAGGUGCUAGAGGCCUCGAGUAUGCAUUUCAGUGAAGUGUAGUAGAAACGGGUGUGUUCCUAUAGUCAUAUCCACACUAGCAAUGGUACAAAAAAAAUGUGUGAUAAUUAAUUAUACCUGCCAGCUUUUAAAAUGACAACCAUAUUCUGACAUUUUUAUGCAGUGGCAUAAAACGUUUGGUAACUUUGGCUUAUUUUAGCUCCACAUUGUUUUAUGUACAUCACAAAACUAGAGAGGUUUUCAGUGGGAAGUUGUGACCAUAACAAUCCACUCUACUGCCCCUCUCUCUCUAGAAGCUUAAAAUUGUCACAUCUAACCAAAAAUUGCCCCCAUUAAUGAUGACAUCAUGAGCCUGGACCAAACACACAGAAAACCGCUGGUGCAACUGCAUGCAUAGAAGCUGGACUUUGCCUUUGACCAUUGCCAUUUAUGUGAACACACCCUAUCCCUCCUGCAUGAUGUACAUGACAACAGAUCUUUAGGGUUGGGGGGUACCAAGUUUUGUGCCAAAGGAAAAUGUACAAUGUGCUGUAAAGGAACUUUCUCUGAUCUGGGGCCUGGACUCGACAAAGCUCGGAAGUGCUCAACUGAAAAGACAUUUUUGAGACAGAAUUUUUCAAAGUGAUUUCACCCAAAAAUCCUAAUUAAACUGUAAUCUGCGGAUCAAAUGUAACUCAAGACAAGCACAAACAAGACUUUAUCAUGUGUAUUAUGACCAGUACUGUUAUUAUGAACUCUCUAUUUGACAAAACAGUAAUUGGACCAGAGUUUCACUGUCAGCAGUCACCUUAAAAACACACAAGGUCUGACGCUCUAUUGAAGAAAUAUUUACAAACUAAUCAUUGUCAAAUAUUUGUACAGUUGAGAUUUACUUUGUGUUUGAUUAAAAAGAUGGACGUGAGAUGACUGCACUAUAAAUAGUUGCUCGGUUCAACCGCAUUGCAUUGCUGCAGUGAAGUAAAUGUUCUGUGGCAGGCACAUUUCACAAUGUUUUGUAAAAUAGAGGACAUUUUGGCAUAAAAUGUUCAUCAAUCUUAAAAUCCGUGCACCAUUUUUUGGAGGGGGGGUGGGCGGGGUUAGCUUUAGUAUUGUUUGUAUGUUUCAUUUUUGUAUGGUUAAUUUACUUUUCGAUUUGUUGUGAAUUUUUGAGAUUAAAUAUUCACAUUAAUCAGUACUUGAGAACCUGUAAAUUAUAUGAUGAGAUUAAUGUAAGUAUGCCAAAUAUAAAAUUUGUGUAUUACAAUUAAUGUAAAUAUUGUGUUUUUAACAAAAUGUAGCUAUAACAAUUUACAGCUUUGAAUGUAAUGUUGAAGCAGCAAAUUAUUAUUAUAAAUGUUCAAACUUUUAUGGUUUUGUGAGUGUAGAAAAACUAAGGUCAUGCAUAAUGACACCUAACACAUUUACAAGUUCAAUAAACUGCC